AUGGAAGAGGAAAAAGGCCCAGCAGAAUAUUUAGUAUUCUCACUUAUCCUUUACAUUCACAGAGAUGGAAGAGUUGGACAGCAGGCACGUGAAGCCUUGCUUCUUAUCAUGACAUUAUCCAACAAAUACCCACAUAUUGGAAAAUACAUUAGUGACCAUUCGCAUCUCUGUCCGGUUCUUGCUACAGGACUUAGUGGUUUAUUCUCAUCUCUACCCAGGAAGAUAAAUAUCACAAAUGAUGAAUGGCACCGCCUUACUGUGGAAGACUGGGCUGAUAUUCCUGACCUAAUACUUUUCCUUAAUUCCUUAGAGUUUUGCAAUGCUGUUUUGCAAAUUGCUCAUCCACUUGUUCGUGAUCAACUUGUGAAAUAUAUUUAUAAUGGGUUCUUGGUACCUGUUCUUGGAGCUGCUCUCCAUCAGGAACUUUUUUGUUUGCCAAUAACUCUUCUUGAUUCUCCUUGGUAUAUGAAUUCAAGAGAAGAAGUGAUCACUGCUACUGCUUACUUGGAACUUUUUCUUCGAAAAAUAACGGAACCUACACUGAUUAAAGCCUUCUUGCGGUUUAUUCUUACUGAAAAAUAUGAUGAGAUUGUCAUUUUGGAUUCAUUGAUCACCAGAAUCAACAGCAAUAGUAGACUUUCUUUAGUUUCUUUGUCAUUAUUCACAACACUUGUUGACUUGAACUGUGAAGAUGUCAUGUUCCAGCUUGUGUUCAAAUAUCUGAUUCCUUGUACUCAUGUAAUGAUCAGUCAGAAAAGAGCAGUCAAAGAUGUUGACUUUCAUAGUAAAAGUGCUGAAAAGUUUUUGUCUUUGAGACCAAAGUGCUGUAGUCAAAUUGCCAACCAGGAUGGAUAUCAGAAAGAUAAUUCUGAAAAUGUUCCUCUAUAUGGGUCUGGCUUAAGGCCUCCUGCAAAUGCAGACACUGGAGUUAAUUUUCAAAGGUGA